AUGUCAGUCGAUAACAAAUACCUGGAUUACAACAUUGAUGACGACUCAAAGUACUCGUCGAACCUUGAUAACGUCAAUCGAACUUUGGUUCCUGAACAAUCCAAUACCUCAUCAUCCUCACUUUGUUCGAAUUUCCCAUCUCAGAAUGGAAUUAAUAUCAAAACCACCAGAAAAGAUGCCCCGAUAGCUGACUCACAUCCCGAAAUGUUCCCACUACCAGCGUAUAACCAGACCCCCAUCCCAACGCCUAAUCAAACACCAUCGGUCAAUUCUAGCCUUCUCAACAGUCAAAACAGCUCAUUGGUGAACAAUAAUAACGCAUCAAGCUUGAGGGCGAAUGCUAAUUCCCUUACAAAUAUAGCAUCCUUAAGGGGAGCCACCGUCGGUGUCAAUGUUGAUAGAAGUAAUUUACCUUCUCCAAGUAAUCGUCCAGCUUCUUUUCUUGAAACUAUGACCUCUAGUUCUCCAGUAAUUGUGGAUAAAACCAUUCCGGAAAUUGUCAUCGAUGAGAAAACUGCAAUUCCAAAAUCAAGUGAUGAUGACAGAGAUUCUAUACAAGAAGGCGAUUUUUAUACCCCAAAAUCCUCGAUCAAUUCACAAACCAUCAAGAAUCUCCAAAGAGACUUGGCGAAUGCCACAGACGACGACAGCAACGCAGCAAAACAAAAUAAGAGCCAAUUGGCGCAAGUUAUUUCUCAAGAACCAAAUGAGACUGAGUUAGGAAAAGCUCCAGUAACAGGGGAAACUUUAGAGGAACAAAAUGGUUCUAUUGCCGCUGCUUCUACCUCCUCCCCAAAGACAAACUCGGUGAUCGAUAUUAAACAAGUUGGAACUUCCAAUAACCUCAAAAAUGGCUCUGCCAUUGAUAAUGUCACAGCCGUGGACAAGAUCAAAAAUGAAGAACCUUUGAAAGACAAUAAAGAAGAAGAAAAAGAAGAAGAAGAAGAAGAAGAAGAAGAAAAGAAGAAUAAACAUGAAAAUGAUGAAGCUAUCACCCAAACAAAUGAAAAGAAUGAUAAAAUAAAGAGUCUCUCCAUUGAUAUUAAAGCACCUGAAAUUGCUCGCGUCGAUGGCCAAGGCACAUCUAUAGACCGUCCAGAAUCCCCUGUGGCCCAUACCGGAUACACUGACAAGAACAAAAGGUUGUCAAGUACUUCAUCUACAAACUCAUCCAAAAGAUUAAGUGCCAUGAACUUUGCGAAAAAUUUCAUCAAUUUAUCGGUGUAUCAUGAUAGCGAUAGUGAAAAAGGCAUGCAGGACAUGGAUGAAAGCUACCGCGAGGCCCGAAAAGCAGGACAAUUACCAGAAGUCGAACUGCUAAGCGAAAAUGAAAAAGCACAGACCGAAACGACGACGACGACUACUACUAAACCGAAAAAGACGAAACCGAAAACCGACUCGAAUGGCAAAGUAAAGGAAAAGUCCAAGUUUUUUUUGAAAAGAUCAUUGAGUGAUAAGAAACCCAAGAAUGAAAAUAAGCCGGUUGAUGCGGCACCUCCUCAAAGAAGCAAAUCUAUGAAAAAAUUUGGUCCAGGAGUCAACCCAAAGGACUACCACAAUAGCAAAUUACCUACCAAUUUUUCGGUGUUCUUGGGUAAAUUUAUUAUCCCACAUUGUGAGAUUGUGGAAACUUUCCAGAUCCUUGAAAAUGACGGAGUCGAAUACCCACCCACCAACAAACCGAUGCAGGUCUCGAAAAGCUCUAGUGAAUUAUACUUGUCUACCAAUGAUUCAGCGGAUCAAAUAAUCACCAAUGGAAUUAUGAAACUGCCUAAAUCGAGUAAUUCACUAAAGAGAUCCACUUCUUUCUUGAAGAAAAAUGGAUUGAAGUUUUUGAAAGGUGAUAGUAACAGCUCUUCUUCAGCCACUGCCACAAAUAAUUCUACGUCUAAUAAUAAUAAUAAUAAUAAUAAUAAUAACAACAAUACCGCCAGCAGUUUGGUGAGAAAACUCAGUUAUAGAAAAUCCAAGAGUUCAACAAGCAUUGGCUCCAAUGUUGGAGCAUCGCAUAAUAAUUUGUUGUCGUCUACAGGUUUUGAUCCUAAUAAGAAAAUCAAUAUUAAUGACAAGAAGUAUUCCAAGGAUAUCUUCAGAUUGGAAACUGAUGAUUUCAUUAAAAUUCUGAAAUAUUGGAAUUAUGAUUACACCUUGCCUGAAGUGUCGGAUCUCUUCCCGUAUUUGCAUAACUUGGAGUUGAAUAAUAAUCAAUUCACUUUCUUUAGAAAUGAUUUAGCGAACACCAUUGCCCUUAAUGAUUCCGAUAUGCAUAAACAGGAUUUGAAGUUUCAAGGCAGCAACAGGACCAGCCAUAAUAAUAAUAAAAAUAAUAGUGAUAAUAAUAAUAAUAACAAUAAUAACCAUACCACCAACUCUGAUAGCAUCAACGGUUUUGGUACUACUACGCCAGAUACUUCGAACUCAGAUCUUAGCAAACUUGUCCCAUUACCUAACUCUGAUAAGUAUCUUCUUAUUAUUAACACCAAAGACUUCUAUGAAUAUGAUGACAGUAAAGAUCCUAAAGGAGCUUUGAAUGAAAAUAAUUCCGAUGGCGAUGAUGACGAUGAUAUGUUCAAUCAGAUGGUGGAAUACAUCAAGAAUAAAUACUACAUUAAGGGGUCAGUGAGUCCUUGGGAAAUUUUGGAUUACGAUGAAACCACCACCCCGAUCAGUAAAAAGAAGAGCAAAAAUAAGAUGGACGACGAAGAUAAAUCCAAGAAACGGGAUUUAAAAGUGAGAUUCAAUAUUGAAGAAGGGUCAGCAGACGAAAUUGGUGGCAGUAAUAACAACGAUACUUCUCAAGGGAAAGCCUCUGGUGCAAGGGACGACUCGAACUCUGAGGUGAAAAAGAAUGGUGUUACUGAACACGGAUUAUCACCAUCGUCUAGCGUUCAUGAAUUUGAAGACACCUACUUUGGGCAUUCUUACGUGAAGCUCAAAGAUGAAGAGCUUUCCAUAAAUAAUCGGAAAUUCACAGGGUACCCAAAGCCAUUGAACUCUCUUAAACGAAUGAACCGUAUCAAGAGUUCCGAAACUGGCGAAGGGAAGUCGACGUUGGCUCAUAAUCUAUACAACAAGAAAAUCAAUUUGAGAAACUACAAUUUCCAAAUAUUGUUAUUAUUCAAGAUUUCUCACGUCAUUGUUUAUAAUAAUAACAACGAUUUUGAAGAGUGCAUGAAAUUUGCCAAGAUUUUUGGGUUGUUGCAAAAAAAAAUAUACCUUAACGAAGAACUUAAGUUGGCGAAAUUGAACUCCAAAGACAAGUUUUUCAACGAGGCCCAUUGUUUUGUGUUGAAUUAUGACGCGAAGAAAUUGAGCGAGUUUGAUAUUGUUCAUUAUAAUGAAAAUGAAAAUGUGAUUCUUGGGUUAGAAUCCACCGAUACCAAAGAGUUAAAUUUGAAAUCUCCGAUCAUGAGCCAGAAUAACAAUCUUGAUGAGCGAUACGAAUCGAAAUAUAAUGGCAAGCGGGUGGCGUUCAAUUCCAAGUUUGAAUCGGUGGAUACUAAUCUAUUGAGAUUCAAGCAGAAGAACAAUUUCCAUACCAGGAGUGAUUUGGCGAAAUAUUUGAGCGUCAAUAACCCGUUUUUGGUGCCUUAUUCCUCGUCGGUGUUGAAGAACAAUUUGACUAAUUGGAAUAAAAACUAUUUGUUGCACGAGAAGUUUGAGAACUGGUUGAUUACCAGCGGGUCAGAGAUUUAUCAAAACAUUUACGUGGGGAAUAUCAUUGAUUACAAUAAUGUGAUUUCUAAUAAUAAACUUAAAGAAAAAAAGCAAGCAUUAAUGAAGCAACUCGGCAGUUUUGAUACCAAGCAGAACCCGGAAUUGACUUAUAAGAUCCGUGGGACGUUGUUGGCGCUCGACCAGAAAAUUGACAACAAUAAUGCCCAGAAUGCCAAUAACGAUUAUAAAGUGUUGAUCAAUUGUAAAGAAGGGGUGGAGUUCCCAAAAGUCGAAUUGAUCGAUUCGGUGUUUCAGAAAUCGGAAAAAUUGUUAUCGAAGGAAACCGAUUUGAUAUAUUUGGAAUUCCCAUCAUCAGGUUCGUACGCGUUGUCGUCGAUCACCAAUAGUCAUAUGUUGAGCAUUAUCAAUUUCUUGAAAUUAUUGCAUUACUUGAGCAUCACUAAAGGUCAUAAGAUUUUGAUUUAUUGCUACGAUGGGUUCACUCAUUUAUCGCUUUUGAGUUUGAUGCUUGAGAUCAGUUAUACGUUCAACAAUUUGAACAAUGCGAUAUUGAAGUAUUAUUUGGUGUACGAGAAGUAUUUAUAUUGGUUCAAGAUUGAUUACGAAAUCAUGAAUUUUUUGCAAGGGUUUUUGUUGUUUUAUUCUCCACGGAACCCUGAUCAAGAAGGAUUGAAAUUGGGAGGAUUGCAAAACACCCACCGAACCAUCGGAUCGAUUGAUUACAAGCAGGUGAAACAUUGGUACGAAGCGGGGUAUUUGGCGCAGUACAAUUUGAAUCCGUUUGAAUUUUUGAAGAUUUAUCAAACGAAUCCGAAAUUGAAGGCGUUGAAAAAUAAUAGCGUCAUCAAUGAUGAAUUGUACCCAAUUGAGGACGAGAAACACGGGUUGCCGCUCAAAGCAAAAGAAGAUACCUGGUUUUCUCCGGAAAACGAUAAUAAUUUACCAUCGAGGAUUUUGCCAUACUUGUAUCUUGGGGGCAUCAAUCAUCUUAGUUCGAAAACGAUUUUGGAAUUACUCGAGAUCAAUUAUAUCAUUACGAUUGGUGAGAAGCCGACGUGGCUCAAUUUGGUAGAAUUUGAUAAUAAAUUCAAUUACGAGGGGCUCGAUCCGGUGUUGAAGGCGAAAUUCAACAAGAAUGAUAUUAUUGAAAUUGACAACCCGUUACCGUUCGUCAAGAAAUUGAUUUAUUUGCCUAAUGUGCAAGACAAUGGGAUCGAUUCAUUCGAGCCGUAUUUCUUGUAUUUGUUGAGAGUGAUUAGACGGUUGAGAGAAGAAAACCAAAAGUUGGAUGAAGAAGAGCAGCAGCAGCAGCAUAAUGAUGAGCAAUUGAAGAAGACUGGGAGAAAUAAAGUGUUGGUCAAUUGUAAAGUUGGGGUAUCGAGAUCGGCGUCUUUAUGUAUUGCGGAAGUGAUGAAUUUCCUCAAGAUUUCUUUGCCAAGGGCCUAUUUAUACGUUCGAGUACGUCGAUUGAAUUUGAUUAUCCAACCGAACUUGAAGAUUUUUUACAAUUUGGCGGAAUUAGAAGAGAUUUUGACGAUCAAGGAGAACAUCAAGAUCAAGUACAUCAAUUCGAAGAUCGAGGAUUAUAACAAGAAACACAAAUUGCGGGAAAAUAACAUUGAAGGAGGUAUUGCCGAAGAUGGAGGGUCAAGGAAGAAAAAGGCGUUGCCUUUGAGAAAGAUGAGGGUUUUAAGAGAGGUAGAUUGGCAUAUUCUUUGUAAAGAAAUCGAUAUUUUGAAUAGUCAUUACAUUAAGGCUUAA